AUGACAGUGUCGGUACGAGUUCAGUCAGACUCUCCUGUUGAAAAUUCUACUAUGCAAAUCAAACCUCAAAGUAAAAUAGUCCCCGUGGGGGAUACCCCAGAAUGGAAAAAGAGGCUUCUCCUUGGCGAAGCUCUAGUGGGUGAAGGUGGUGAUCUAUUUGGCCCUAUGGAAUUGGAGAACGUGUUUAAACCUCCCCCGCCAACCGCGAAACCAACAACCCAAACGAAUAUCUUGACCUCCAUCCAGGCUAAGCAACCAGCGUCCGUUCCCUUGAUCUCUUCAAGAGAGGGGAUACCGGACAAUUCGCCAAAUGGUAUUGAUGGUACCCAGAAGGGAAAGCCUGCAGGCGGUGAUCAGGACAAUAUGGAAAGAUACAAUACUUCAAUGGAUAAAGCAAAAUGUUCGUUUGGUUAUAUUCAAGGUAGUGGAAGUCUCGGUUUUGACCCCCGAUCGCGGACUUUGAGUGGCAGAGAAGAACUUCGCAACGAGGAAAUUACUCCCAUUCUAUUCUCCAAGGAUGAAACAGCCAGGGAACAUACCAAUCGCACAUUUCUAGAGUCGAUUCUUGACCGAGGGAAAAGUUCCGUGGUAACAGGAAAAGAAGGUCUUUAUUCCCGCAGGAGGGAUUCCGUGGUUAGCGAUGAUUAUAGUUACCUUAGCCAUAGAGGGGAACAGACCUUUUCCAACGGAACCGAGCAAACCGUCGAAAUGACCAGCCAAUCGUUGCCCGAAGAUUUAUCUGUUGGAACAACGGAUUUCGUUUCAACUGGCGGUUUUAUCAGAAUGCGUCGUGGUGAUUACUCCAACGAAGGAUCCUUUCGCCACCACCAACUAACGCCAACAUCUCUACUUUCAACUCUCCAUUCUUCCUCCUUCCUAUCUAGCUCAAAGCUUAGAAACUCGCCACACGUCGACAGACGAAAGGGAAUAUUUACCCCCCAACAGCAACAAGAACAACAACAUCAAAACCAGCAAUCUCCUUCCAAAUUCCUUACACCGUACCGGGAACGACGUGAAACAAAUGACUCCAGGCCAAGAUCCUCCGGCAGCCCCCUUGAAGCUGUUCGGGGAGUACGAUACAUUUACCAAUAA